GGAAUAUCUGCUGUUUCCUGAUGUUGGGGGACUCAGUGGUGCUCUGCUUGCCCUCGCAGAGGGUGUUUGUCUGCGGCUCGGAUUACUCCUGCACCCUCUACGCUUGGGAACGGCGGGCAUUUCCAUUUGGAAACAGCCCUUUCAGCCCAAUCAGGGCAGCGGAUUGCGGAGCUGGAGUUGUCCGGCGCUCGUUUAUACUGAGGACGAAUAUUAAUCAGAUUUACUCUGCAAAAAAGGACACAAAAUAUGCAAACAUGCAGCUUGCUGUAAACAAUGAAAUUGAAGGCUGCUGCUGCUCUAAUCCCUUGAAUACUGGACCUUGCUUCUCCUGAGCAAUGCAUUUCGGGAUCUGCAGGAAGAUGCAUGCAGUUACUGAAUGGAUUUAAAUCGUCCCCUGAUGUAUUUUUGGAAGGGGCCAAGAGGACUGGUUAUUAGUUAUAUGGACGCCGUACGUUCGCGGAGAGAGAUGCAGGAGCGGGGUGGAGAGCUGGCGUGGAGCUGCUGCUGCUGAACCAGAGGCUGGGGGCUGCAUAACCUUCCCGUAAUCCUGGUGCGCAGCGGAGCGACUUGGCUUUGGAAGGGGGGCCCAAGUGGGCUGUGACACAGGGUUUUUUUUUCUUUGGUAUUGCAGUGGCUUGUGGUUCUGCAUUUCAAUUUGCAGCUCCAGAAGUGCACGUCUCCUGUACCGCCAGCCCCGGCAGCAGGCAAGGUACGAUGUCUGGGCUGAAUGUUGCCGCCUGAAGGGAGGAGAGGGGAGGGAGACAUGUACCUUCUGGACAGCAGCGAGCCGCCGGCCGCCGCCUCUCCAGAGAGGAUGCAGCGGGGGACCCCCCAGAGGAAAACGGUCUACCGCAUCUCCGUGACCAUGGUGAAGAAGGAGCUGCUAGGGCCGGAGGGAAGCCAUCCCGGGCCGGAGCCGCCCCAGCACGGGCGGCGGGGAGGGAGCCAAGCCCUGGGCUCCUCCAGCCUCACCAGGGCCGGGCUGCUGCUGCUGGAGGAGGAGGGCGAGGAGGAGAGCGAGGAGCAGGACAGAGUGCCCAGCCCCUGCGGCUUCCGCAACUUCAGGACCCUCAGCACCGGGCAGCUGGAGCUGGGCCGCCUCAAGGUGCCGCGGAGAGCGGCGCAGCCCUUCCCCGCCGAGCUGACCUUCAGGUGGCCGCGGGAGCCGGGCGCCGCCGCGCAGGGGGCGAGGAGCAGCCCUUCGCCAGAGGAAGCUGCUCCCGCUGCCGCCCUCGCCCCUCGCCAGGGCCCGUGCCCAGGCGCCGGGGAGCCUCCGCCAGCGGCGGCCACCUGUGGCGGGGCUGAAGCCGGAGCAGCGGCGGAGCCGGCGGGGGAGCAGGCGGCAGCUACGGCUGCCUCCCCCGGGGGGGAUGCCGGGCUCGGGGCCCGCCGCUCGCCCGCAGGCCGCUCGGGCGAGCCGCUGCAGCUGGGGGAGCAGGGGCAGAGCCCCUGGCGGCAGCCGGGCCUGCUGCGGCGGAGCUUCAGCUUCAGGCACUGGAGCGGUGGGGAGCUGCUGCGGCUCAGGGCGCUCACCCGGGUGCGGCGGCACAGCAGCUCGGGCUGCCUGCCCGCACCGCCCGGCCCUCCGCCGAGCGAGGCCCCCGGAGCACCGCGCUCGCCGCCCGCCGCCUCACCCGAGCCGCCCGCCGCCGUCCCCGAGAAGCGCAACACCCUGGACGUGGGCGAGGUGCUGAGCAAGGCGGAUCCGCUCUCCGAGCUGGAGCGCUGGGAGCGCAGCAAGAGCAAGAACCGGACCCUGGAUAACAGCGACCUGCAGCGGCUCUCGGAGCGCCUGGGGCGGGACGGCCCCGGCGGCAGUGCUGCUGCCCACGAGCACCGGCUGCUGCGCUUCUUCAGCGGCAUCUUCGCCCGCAAGGACGGUACCUCCACCCCCUUCGGCAGCCCCCACGGCCGGUCCCCGCGGAGUAGCUUCUCCAGGUCCAGGGCUUAUUUUAGCAGCCUCAGGAGAGCCACCGUGGAUGUGCAGUCCAGCUCCGAGAGCAUCAAUGGGUCCCCUCACAAAGAUGCCUUUGUAAAUAGCCAGGAAUGGACACUAAGCCGAUCUGUACCGGAGCUCAAAGUGGGGAUUGUGGGUAACCUGGCAAGUGGCAAGUCUGCACUUGUACACCGGUAUCUGACUGGCACAUAUGUCCAGGAGGAAUCACCUGAAGGUGGGAGAUUCAAGAAAGAGAUAGUAGUUGACGGACAAAGCUAUCUGCUGCUGAUUAGAGAUGAAGGGGGCCCUCCAGAGGCACAGUUUGCCAUGUGGGUGGAUGCUGUUAUAUUUGUCUUCAGCUUGGAAGAUGAAAUUAGCUUCCAGACUGUUUACCACUACUACAGCCGUAUGGCUAACUAUCGUAACACUAGUGAAAUCCCAAUGGUACUGGUGGGAACCCAGGAUGCUAUAAGUUCCAGUAAUCCACGUGUCAUAGAUGAUGCCAGAGCGCGGAAGUUAUCCAAUGAUCUCAAGAGAUGCACUUACUACGAAACCUGUGCUACUUACGGACUCAAUGUGGAGAGAGUCUUCCAAGAUGUUGCCCAGAAGAUCGUUGCAACAAGGAAGAAACAGCAGCUCUCAAUUGGACCCUGCAAAUCUUUACCAAACUCUCCCAGUCACUCAUCCGUGUGUUCUGCCCAGGUUUCUGCUGUACAUAUCAGCCAGACCAGUAAUGGAGGAGGGAGUUUAAGUGAUUAUUCCUCCUCUGUCCCAUCAACUCCAAGCACCAGCCAGAAGGAGCUACGGAUUGAUGUUCCUCCCACUGCCAACACACCAACUCCUGUCCGUAAACAGUCCAAGCGCCGAUCCAACCUUUUCACGUCUCGGAAAGGGAGCGACCCAGACAAAGAGAAGAAGGUCCUGGAGAGCAGAACAGAUAGCAUCGGAAGCGGUCGUGCAAUCCCAAUUAAACAGGGUAUGCUGCUAAAACGAAGUGGCAAGUCAUUGAAUAAAGAAUGGAAGAAGAAAUACGUUACGUUGUGCGACAACGGUGUGCUGACCUAUCAUCCUAGUUUACAUGACUACAUGCAGAAUGUUCAUGGGAAAGAAAUCGACUUGCUGAGAACCACUGUGAAAGUCCCGGGCAAGAGGCCACCCCGAGCUACGUCAGCUUGCGCACCCAUUUCUAGUCCCAAAACGAACGGCCUCUCCAAGGACAUGAGCAGUUUACACAUCUCGCCGAAUUCAGGGAACGUGACUACUAGCACAUCUGUGUCUCAGAUGGCCAGUGGGAUCAGUCUAGUCUCCUUCAACAGCCGUCCGGAUGGUAUGCAUCAGCGCUCUUACUCGGUCUCCAGUGCAGAUCAGUGGAGUGAGGCAACAGUCAUUGCAAACUCUGGCAUUAGCAGUGAUACCGGGUUAGGAGAUUCUGUGUGUUCGAGCCCAAGUAUAUCCAGUACGACCAGCCCCAAACUCGAUCCACCUCCUUCGCCUCAUGCCAACAGAAAGAAGCAUCGCAGGAAGAAAAGCACUAGUAACUUCAAAGCUGAUGGCAUCUCGGGCACAGCUGAAGCCAAACGCAAAGCAUGGAAACUAAACCGUGUUGGUAGCCUGCGAAAUAUAUACAGCAGCAGCAGCACCAACACCGAAGAACAAGAAGAAAACUUUGAGUUUAUCAUUGUCUCUCUCACCGGCCAGACGUGGCACUUUGAAGCUACCACGUAUGAAGAAAGAGAUGCAUGGGUACAAGCCAUAGAGAGUCAGAUCUUGGCCAGUUUACAGUCGUGUGAGAGCAGUAAGAACAAGUCCCGACUGACAAGUCAGAAUGAGGCCAUGGCCCUGCAGUCAAUAAGAAACAUCAGAGGCAACUCGCACUGCGUGGACUGCGAGGCACAGAACCCCGACUGGGCCAGCUUGAAUCUGGGAGCUCUCAUGUGUAUCGAAUGCUCAGGUAUCCACCGAAACCUUGGCACGCACCUCUCCCGGGUCCGCUCCCUGGACCUGGACGAUUGGCCCCUAGAGCUCAUCAAGGUCAUGUCUUCUAUUGGGAACGAGCUGGCAAACAGCGUCUGGGAGGAGAGCAGCCAAGGCCACCUGAAGCCUUCGUCCGACUCCACAAGGGACGAAAAAGAGCGCUGGAUACGUGCGAAAUACGAGCAGAAGCUCUUCCUCGCCCCGCUGCAGUGCCUGGAGCUCUCUCUGGGCCAGCAUCUCCUGCGGGCUACAGCCGAGGAGGACUUGCGGACGGUCAUCCUGCUCCUCGCCCACGGCACGCGGGAGGAAGUGAACGAGACCUGCGGCGACGGCGACGGGCGCACCGCCCUCCACUUGGCGUGCAGGAAAGGAAACGUGGUCUUGGUGCAGCUCUUAAUUUGGUACGGCGUUGACGUGAUGGCCCGCGACGCCCACGGCAACACGGCGCUGGCCUACGCCAGGCAGGCCUCGAGCCAGGAGUGCAUUGACGUUCUCCUCCAGUACGGCUGCCCCGACGAGCGCUUCGUCCUUAUGGCGACUCCGAAUUUGUCCCGGAAGAACAAUAACCGAAACAACAGCAGCGGAAGAAUGCCCACCAUCAUCUGAGGGACUCAGUCGCAUGUUCGCUGACCUGAAUCACACCCGCAGCCUCAUAUUCCUCCAUUCCCAUCACAGCUCUGCUCUGUGAGUCUGCAAACUUUCCUUUUCCCUUUUCCCUUCGGUCCAUCCCUGUCCCAUCCAGAAACGUCGCCUCUGGGGAGCGCGAGGGGAUGAGAAGGAGCAAAAGGGGCUGCAGCGAAAGCCUUUGUUUCAGCGGACGCUCCCGAACGCUGGCGGCGGCGAAGCGGCGGUGCGGGAGCGAGGGCGCGGGCGUUCGCCGGGACGGCGCGCGGGAGCGCUGGCACGGCGGGCUCUCGGCACCGGCUCCACGAGUGGGGCAGGAGGGGUGGUGGAGGGAGCGGCGAGCAGAAGCAAGAGGAGAAGCAAGACGAACCGGCAACUUUCCGUAACUGACAGUUAAGCACAUCAGUACGUUUCACCUCUACCAAACGGAGCGCUUGGAUUUCAUUCUCUUCUCUGAAGAGCUUGACGGCAUAAAUCAGAAGCAAGCACAGAGUUUGUCAGGUUUGAAGCUCCUAUGAUGGUAUGUGUCAAAUCAGUUGUAGCUAAUCUGUCCAGGGAGAAUACUGGCUUCAUUACACUUGUAUAGUUGAGUUCUUCCAGCAUUACCGCUGUUUAAUAGAACAUGAUUAGUCAUCACGGAGAAAAAAGCAUAUUAGCUGAGGAGGUAGUUACAUGGCACGCUUCGGUGAUUGCUUGGAUGUGAUUGCAAUAUUCUUAGAAGCAUCAUAUUAUCUCAGACAUGUUCUUUCAAGCCCUUGGAGCCCUCCUUUCUAAAUUCACUGUCAUAAUUUAGUAUCUGUUUAAUUUUUCAGUCCAAAGAGAGGAAAUGAGUUGCUGAGUGUUAUUUGACUGCAGUCUCCUUGGUGUAAAAACAAAAUGGAAAAAAUAAAUAAGAGUAACUAUGAAACACAGAAAGGAAUAAUGAAUACUGCUAAGGAAAAACAUUUCAAGUACAUUUAGUAAAAUUAAGAAAUGCAUUAAAGGCUAAUAUUUUUUCAGCCAGCAGAAAUAUGUUCUGUCCUUUUGCCAAGGUAAACGUGUUGAGUUUUUGGUCACUCCUGUGAUGCAUUGCCUAACUUAUACAGAUUUUGUAUUGUGUCUUUAGAUUAUAUGUAUGUAAAAUCUAUUUGAAUAAAAAAAGUCAUAAGUAUGAAUUGGUUUUCUUGUACAGAAAAAAGAUGACAUCUCUGUUAAUUUAUAAACUGUAAUGGAUGUGAGCUAAAUAAUGUGCAACUAGUUAGGAUCUGUGGAUUACUGGUCACUGUACAUUGAAAAUAUUCCCAGCAGCGAACUCUCUGUUUCCAUUGCAAACCUUUGAAGAACAUAUCAGAAUGAGUUUGUGGCACAUUUGGCAUUAAAAAAAAAGUGUAUGAGACGUUUUGGAAAGGAAAAGAGGCUGUCGCUCAGCCUUGUAAAUAUAUUUUACUUCAGAAAUCACCAAGCUUUCACAAGCCAAGACAAAAAGCCAUAGUCUAGCUGUGUGAAGAUCAGAUUUGAUUAAUUCCCGAAUUGAUAGCCGUCACCAAGGCGGGCAGGGCAUGGCUGCUUCGACUCUGAACUUGGCUGCUUUCGGGAAGAAAAAUGGCUUGUGAAAGUAGCCUGGACAGUUCAUUUGAAUUCCAAGUUUUAAUAUUUGAUUUGAUUAUUUUGGUAUUGCCAGACAGAUCCUAGCUUCUGCUCUUUCCUACGGACUAGGAUUCUGGUGCGGGGAAGCAGGCGGUAAGGCUUUUGGCGGAAAGAAAAGUGAUUUUUUUUUAAGUGGCAUAUGGCAAUGUGAAGCUGGGGGAAGGGUAUAUCACAGGGAAAGUUGAAAACUCAACUGAAUUAGAUGGCAAAGGAGCAAUUACAUGAAGUCAGUGAGGUGCACACAGCAUAGUAAUUUGCAAAUCUACCUGCUCCUUCUGCAUUUCACAAGCCUUCGGUGUUGUUCCUCCUUGGGGCUCUGUAUUUCAAUUGACAGACAACCGGGAGGAGGAUAGCAAUCGCUAAAUAAAAUGUGUGUGGACAAAAUGGGAAGGGAAAAAAAUGUACUCUGGCUGUCUUCAGGAAAAAAAAAAAAGAAUCUGAAAAUGACAGAUUUGGUGUAAAAUCAUCAAAUCAGAGAAGAAAAGCAAAAAAAAAAAAAAAAAAACCCAAGGUGAAAGCAAGAGAAUAUCGAUCAGCUUUUCCUAUUCUGUAGUGUUCUCAUUUUAUAUUUUGUUGUUGAAUAGAGCUUUGACUAUUGGGUGGGGGGGAUCUUUAUGAACCAGCCUAGGCUAGUGACAUCACGUGUGGUUCAAAGGCUACAGCUGAUUCUGCUCACGCUGGGAUUUUUUUGGUUGUUGUUUUAAAUUUGGGAGAGAUGUCUGUUAUAAUUACCAUUCCUCCAUCAUUCACGUGCAGCUCCCUGAUCUUAGGUACUUUGCUCGGCCGCAGGGCGACGUGUCUAACGUGCAGCCGAAGAAGAAGCUGUAAAGCCCACGGCGUCUCGGUGCUCACCAGCUUUACGCCUGUAACAGGGGACCCCGCGUGGAUUCGGGAAUUGAGACUCUUGUUCCCAGAGGUGCUAGCUGCCUGCUGUUCCCCUUGGGACAUCAAGGGCAUUUUGCGUCUGAAAACUCAACUGCUGCGCUUCAAACGCGUCGUAGAGAGAUUUGCCACUGUUGAAGUUCUCAGUACGCGUUCCCUUUCAGAGCUGGUUUUACCUAAUUUAAAAUAUUUUCCGUGUGUAAUUUAAUGCUCUCUUUGGGCCAGUUUCCUCUUAUAAAGCUGAGAAGGAUGCUUGAGAAACAAGGGCAACCAGGCUGUCUUGCAGAUUUUGGGCAGAAGAAUUAAACACUCCUUGGAUGAGAAUUUUCCACAGGAGAGCCUUGAAAAAGCAUAGCAAGAUUUUUUUUCAGAAAGGAAAUUCCACGGUAUUAUUGGAAGAAUGAUCCGGGCAAUCCAACUAAUAACCUCAUACUUCUAAUUAAAGCAGUAACACAGUUGUUCUUAGCCUAACCAUAGUUUUUCCUUGGACAUACAGGAGUUGGCAGUAACUGUGUGGAAGGUUUUGCCGAAUUUGUGGUGGCUUCCCCAAACGCUUGGGGUGCUGCAGGAAGAAUACCCGGUUGUGCGUACGGUGGCAUCUGCUUCGAAAGACGGGGAGGUUUCCAGCCCCGUCUCUUUGAGUCAGAGGACUGUGUGCAAGGUGGCCUGCCAUUGUGGGAAACGGGGAGGUAGGCUUUGGAAGGUUUUGUUCCUUUUCUCAGCAAUCCUUUCCUAAUGCCGGCUGCCUUGCUCCACGCACACGUGGUCAGCAGGAAAGACGUUAUUGGACGCAGAAGGUGAACAGGUCGUGGGGUCUGUCCUUGUGGGGCCAACGCUGUGGUGGCAGUCAGAUGGGUUUGGUGAGGUGGCUUUUAAAAGCUUCUUAGCACCUCCUGAGCUGGUGGGACGGGCUGCCUAGAAAGGACCUCCAGUCAGUGUGAACUCCGUCCCCUGCUUGUUGCGAGCUCGUUACAGUGUCGUCAAUAUGAACUGUGUUUAAAAAUGAGAGGAAAAACCCAAACCUUUCCAUCUGGUGUUCCCAGUCUGUGUUCUGAAUUUAAAGCCUGAUGUUCCAUUUGGUAUGGUGCAGCCUACUUUGCUUCCUCGCUCCUAGGCUUGGGCUGGGCACAAGGUGUGCCGCGUUGCGGUCAAUAAGCCGCUGACAACCUUGCGUGCGGUGGAGAGCGCGGAUGGAGGAACAUCUCCGUUGUAGCUAGUGCAGCGGUGCUCGGCGUUGUGAACUGAGGCCUCUAGGCUCUGCGCGCUUCUUGGGGGAUGCGUUCGCACAUCGCGAAGGAUGUUCUUGAAGCCGUCCACGUGCAGAAACGGGCAGUGUGCACUGGCGCUUUCAGACUGCAGGAAUUGCUCCCGUUGCUUUCAGUCUUUGAACCGGUUUCCUGCUCCUUACCUUGCGUUGAGCCCCUCUCGUUGCUUUUAGGGAGCCCGCUUGCCAGACUGUUUACGCCCUUGGAGCGUGUUAUGAGCAAAUUAAAAACAAAUUGAAAUCCAGUCAAUAAGAAAUCCCAGCAGAAACAAGUUAGCUAAAUUUGUUUCUGUUUUCUCAGAAAAUGGAGUCUAUGGCUAUGGUUUUCAUUGUCCCCCCCGUUUAACCCUUUUCAUGAUCCCAGAUACCUGUAAAUGCCGCUUCCUCUGCACUUUAUCCACAAUGACUAAAACACCAGGAGUGAGUCAGCCUUUGCUAUUAACAUCAGCACUUUUCUUCUAUUUAUUUUAAGCUGAUUGCUGUUGAACCGUAAAGAUGAGUCGGAUCCGUAAAUCUGCGUCUGGCAUCUGGACCUUGAUAUUCCCAGAGUUCAGUAGGGCUUUGCUUCUUGUCACUGUUUGUGUAGAGAGAAAAUCCAACCUUGGGAAAAUUCAGGGUUGUGCCAGUGCGGAGAUUUGAUCGAGGGAACCCAUUAGCAGAUUGCCGAUUUUGUGGCUAAAAGGAGGCAGAAGAAAAGCUGUUUCUGGAGAAUCUUGGUGUAACCUGAGCUAGGUGCUGCUCAGAAAGCCAGGUUAGCUGUUGGGAAGUAGAGAGGAUUUUAAGCGUUUCUACUUGGGCAUCGUGUAUAAUAACUGUGUAAACAUUAAUGUUGUUUAAUUUGCUGUCUUUCCCCAUUUCCUUAAAUUAUGUGUGUUAGUGCAAAAGGCUUUAGCUGCACUCGGAGGUUUCCCCUGGCAAGAGGGAGUGGAGUAACGUAGGGAGAGGAGUAGAGGUAUGAAUGCAGAUACGGUCUUAGAAAUGAUCUCCAGCGCUGUAAUGUAGUAUAAUGAGAUGAUAGGGUUUUCAGAUAGCUUCAUCUUUUAUAUUUGUAUGGAGACCAGGAAAAAUGAAGUAAUUUGUAGUUUGUAGUAAUAGUGGAGACAAGCACAGAUUUCACGAGAGGGUUCGGAAGGAGCCCUUCACAAAUGUCUCGGGGAGCCACGUUUGCACCUUACCAGGGAACAAAUGUUCAUUUUAGCUGGAGGUACUCAUGCGCAAGAAUGCAAGUGUCAGGGACCAAAUUUGGGGCAGCUUGUCUGGAAACGAGAGAACUUGCCCGUUCAGCAUUUCAUUGGCAAGCGCCUUUGUUUCCCCUCUGACGACUGUUACUGUCAUUGGCACGUGGGAUCUCUGACCGUUAGUCUUGGAUCCUCAACAUCUCCUUCCAUUUGGGUAGACUUGUGGGUGAAAUUUGUUGCGUAGAAAAACAUUUUUGGACGUUCUUCUGUGUGCUGCAUAGUUUUUUUUAAAAAAAGGCACUCCAGACUAAAGUUCUUUUUGAUCAAAGUAGAAAAACGUGAAAAAUGUCACAAAUUAGAAGAUUCUGCAAUGAGGUUUGAUGUCUUGAAUUUUAAGCUGCAAAAAACAAGGUUGGUUUAAAUGGUUUUAUUAGAAGGGAAUCUCCUGUUUGGGAAAAAAAAUGAAUAGAGGUAAUAGAGCAAAAUAUCCAAAGCUGUAGGUAGGUAGAUUUGUUGUGUUACGAUACUCUAGUUUUUGUUUGUUGUUCAUCAGGGGCCAGUUCUUCAAGUGUAUAUUUGGUGAUCUCAUCUCAUGACAGUUUAUCUUGAGUUGACAGAAUCUGUCUCACGUUUUUCAUGGAGGACAUAAGGGUUUUGGCCAAGAUUUUCAGGAGCUGCGAAUAAUUCCUGUUUUGAGAGAAGGGAUUGCAUGAUUCCUGAGAACAAGAUGGGGGUUUGUAGAGCAUUUUAAGCCCCAGAUCACUAAUCAUGCUUUUGGUAAUCUUGGCCCCUGUGUUUCAUUUCAGGUGACAGCAAUAUGUGGGUGAAUUAACUCCCAUAGUUCACUCUUGUUCCCUGGAUGUUGGGGGGACUUUCGUCCGUGGGCAGAUGAAAUAAAAAUGUCUUUGUGCGUUUCAGCAGUUUUAGCCUCUUCAUCAAUGUCCGCCUAUCUCCAAAACCUCUGUGGCAUAUUCGCGUGGUAGUGGUCAGUCGUGCUGACACGCGAAGCUUCAGCUGUCUCUUGGCCAUGACCUUCUGGAUGUGUGUUUGCUUCCAGUACUAAGAGUUGACUAUUUUGCAGUGCUUCAGAGCUAGUGAUUUUUAACUGUGUUAUGUACAAACCGUGGAGGGGGGCGGGAGGGGGUCUUGUAGAGGUCUAACGGCAUGCGUUGGGGAUGACCAUGUUGCUUGCUGGCAGGGAAUGCACCAUCAGCUAUUUUGUGUAUGCCACGUUUUAUACAGAACUGGGGGGGGGGGGGGGGGGGAGUUGGUUUGUUUCUGGAAAAUUGUCCUGUCCUCCUCAUCUCCCUCUACCUGUAAAGUUAGGAUGGCUUAAUACCGCGAGGACAACUACACUGGAAACUUGGAGCAGUCCCAGCUCCUCUCAAGUAGCUGACAACACUUCCCGCUCCUCUUGAAUUACCAGGUACAGGGAGUAAAAGCCCCAGCAGUGCACAGCUUGGUCGUGUCUGGUCUGUGCUGAAGACAAGCCCCAAGCUCACGCAGGGCUGAGGAAGGUAGUUGCAUUUUUUGGCGAUGAUGGUAGGUUGCUAUUUGGCAAAUCGUUCCUGGAUCGGGAAUCCGAGUGAAAUCAUGGUCGAGUUGUGUUGGCAGAGCGCAGAAAAGGUGGUUGGACUCCUUAUGUAAAGGCAGCGUCUCCUAUAUGGUUAUUCCUGCCUGGACUGACUAAUUGUGCUUUGCACUCUGUAUGCAUAUGUGUGUUUAUAUGUACCUGUGUGCUCUACAUACCGCUGUUGGCAAGUGUGUAAAUGUAUGCAGCCGCAUUUACACAUUUAUCGAAACCAUAGCUAGAGCCCGCUUUUCCGCUCGGUGUUUUCCCAUGUGUGAUCUUCCCGAUUUGUCUAAAUCCAGCUAUUUCCAAGCAUACAGGAGGCACGCGCAGGCUGGGGCGCCUGCUCUGGGUUACGCGGGGCGAUACGGGAGAAAGCCGGGGGCUCUCGCAAGCCAUCAAACAGGUACCUGGCUCGUGCAAAAAUUCAAACAGGGACGCUCGACUUCAGAAAACCUUCAACUUGGCCACCGGUACCGAAAUACCCACCUUGCCUUGGGAUAAGGAAAAAAAUCCCGUGUGGCCAGCGUUACUGUGGGAAAAAGAGGGGGAAGGAGAUGCAGAAGGUGCCAAGGGCCUUAUCUGUCUGGGGGAAGGAGUGGUGCGGGACCAAGCUUGGCGAGAUGAGAAGGACGGUGCACCGGAGCUAGGCAGGGCGCGUCGGACGGGAAGCACGGCCGGGUGUGCCGAGAGGCUGGGAGCAGCAUUAGUUUCCCCUCCUUGCCCCUGUAGCGAAAUAAUUCCUUUGAAAUGCUGUUGAAAUGUUGCAUUUUUUCCUACUUAGCCGAGUUUCGACUGGAUUCAAAGCAUGCUGAAUCCACUGAGAUGGUUUUGCCGGUCUGCAGGGAGAACAGGACCUAACCGUCCUCUCAAAGCACAGCCCUUUUCUCUGUGGAAAUGCAAAGUUUCCAGGGGACCACAAUGAAGCACACGCGUUUGGUCCGGUUAUCGUUUCCUCUUUUCACCUCGGGAGUGGUUUUCCGCUUGUACCCAGCUUGUACAGGUGGCCGCACGAAGCGCAGGGGCCCGGCGACGAGGAGGAGCACCGCUUGCUUGGCGCAGCUCUCGCCGCGUCCGGCCGCUCGGCCCCCGCGGGAUUCGAGCGUAUCCCUAACCGCGCUGCCGCGUCCCAAGCCCAAACCACCUCGGAGCGGCACGCUCGGGCUCAGCGGCGCACAGGGCCGUAUCCUGACCCCUCCGAAGUCCGAGCUUGGCCCCUGGUUUCGGCGGGGUGAUGGUUUGGUGUUGGAUCUUGCCGGCACCUUUAUUUUGGGCACCGCCGUCGGCACCGCUUGGGAAGCGGUUGACAUAUUCUAGAUCUUCUUUAUUCCUUAAUACCCCGUGCCUGACCACCAAGGCUUGGCUUUACGUUCGGCAGGGUUUAGCCCCAAAGUCGUUCAGGUUUUCCACGUUGUGAUGUUCGUUUGCUGGAGGUGCCGGCCGGGAUGGGGGGAGAGGGAGCCCAGGCGAGCAGGGACACCGCGAACUGCGUUUGGGGUAGAGGCAGAGGAUACCUAGCACAUGGCAGACUUUACAGCAAGGGUUUUUUUUUUUUUUCUGUUUCUGUAAAUAGUAAUGUAUAAAUGAUGACAAGACAGUGUGGAAAUUAUUAAAAGAUGCGUCUUUUGUUGUUGUUUUUAUAUUACCUCAUUCAGCAAGUUUGUUUUACAAUGACUCAAUGAUGCUUUAUUUAUAUUGUUUGUACUGUAAUUAAAACGAUUGACAAACAUUUCACUUUGCUUGUUGUUUCAUAUGAUUUUUGUUUUGAUUAAAUAUGCCAGUUUGUAUUAUGUUUCCCUUUACUCUCUCUCCGCGUUGAGAUUUUUGUGUCAGCUGUACAGUAUUCUGAAUAAAAAAUAAAUAAAAGCAAAAAAGGAAAAAAAUUGUAAAGUACUGCAGAGAGGGACUGCUAUAUUGUAUAGGUCUCUUUCUAAUAAAGACAAGAAAACAUGUUCGUCACA